CUACUCCGUAUAUAAUAAUCGCGACUUUCAAAGCCCGGGCAGAUCUGUAAUUUACGUAUGGGUAUCCCCGGUCCCGCCGCUAACACGCACCUCGGCCGGUUCCAUUCCAUUGUUGGUAGCUGUCAAGCUGACCACUGACCACUACCUAUUCGCUAUCUACCUAACUAAUAACUGAACUCCGUAUCCUACAAGGCAAUCCCUGAGGUUAUUACCACUACAGCGAGGCAUUCCACCGAUCGAUCCGUCUGCUUACAAUUAGGAGUCUUGCUGUUGCUGGGCGGUGCCAUAGAAACCGGACCCCUACUGUACGCUUUUCUUUGUUCAAAAACGAAACGCCUUCAAGACUCAAGGUUGCAGUCGAGGUUACAGCCAAGGGGUCUGUACCCGAGGGUUUCAUUUCAUUCAUUUUAUUCAGCUCAGUCCCGCCAGAUCCAAUCGAAAGAUCUUCAGACCUGCCGUUUUGGUGUGGUUCGCUCAAACCAAGCCCGCUAGGUCCAGUGAGGUACCUACUGGCCUACCUUACUGCUGUGGUCGGGUGCCUUUGGUCGUGUCAGUGCUUCCCUGGCGCGCAAAUCCAUCGCAUGGAACCCGGCUUGCCUUGCUCUGCUUUGCCUUAACGUUACCUUCCUGCCUUAACUGCCUUCUCAACUCGACCAUCCCGUCCUGUCCCCCUCUUCGAAACCGACUUUGACGUUUCUCGAUCGCUUCCGCUUCCGCCUCAAUUCCUCGCCCCCGACAUUUCCGAUUCCAUGGACGUGGACAUGUCGUCAGGCAGCGGCACGCCGCAGGCGCAACCACAGCAGCAGCAGCCAGAGUUGCAGUCGUCGGUACCAGCUCCGCCCGCUCCAAGCACCUCAACAUCGACUUCCGCUGGCGGAGUGAGUUUUCGAAGACAGCGAGCAUCGCGUGCAUGCGAGACUUGUCAUGCUAGAAAGGUUCGAUGCGACGCCGCAAGUCUCGGUGUGCCCUGCACCAAUUGCGUUGCUUUCCAGAUCGAGUGUCGUAUCCCGAAUCCGAAGCGCAAAAAGACACAGGGCUCUGGCAGCCAAACCAAUAAAGACUCUGAUAGCGAUCGCGGCGAUGCGAACGAAGACCCUUCACCGCGCCCCGUGGCUCCUUCGAGCACUUCAUCACUCACCCCGCGAGCUCCUUCGGUAUAUCAUUCCAACAAUGGCACACCUCCCACCAACUGGACUGAAGCUCAAGCACGCAAAGAAGAGGUCGACAGUGGGACCUAUCUUGACCUUGUAAUGAAACCCAAGUUUACACGCGCUCCCAUUACCGAAGCUGGGCGGGUUGCAUACCUUGGCGAAUCAUCCAAUCUGACUCUACUUGUCCAUGAUCGUCAAGGCUCAGCAGAUGUUGUGCACUAUCCACUGCCGGAAAACGUCCGCGGUUCCCGAGCUCGACUUACUGAACUUGACAACGUCGAAAUCGAUAUCUUGCAUCAAAGAGGGGCAUUUCUGCUGCCUCCGCGAUCACUAUGCGACGAGCUCAUCGACGCUUACUUUAAAUGGGUGCAUCCUAUCGUACCCGUCAUCAAUCGUACCCGUUUCAUGCGACAGUAUCGAGACCCUAAGAACCCACCAUCGUUACUUCUUCUUCAAUCCGUUCUUCUGGCGGGUACUCGGGCCUGCAACAACCCACAGCUGAUGGAUGCCAACGGUUCAACGACUCCUGCUGCUCUCACAUUCUACAAACGUGCCAAGGCCCUGUACGAUGCAAACUAUGAAGACGAUCGUGUGACAAUUGUUCAGUCCCUCCUUUUGAUGGGCUGGUACUGGGAAGGGCCAGAAGACGUCACUAAAAAUGUCUUCUAUUGGAGUCGUGUGGCGACGAUUGUUGCGCAAGGCUCAGGCAUGCAUCGAUCCGUGGAACAGUCACAACUGAGCCGGGCAGACAAAAGGCUGUGGAAGCGCAUAUGGUGGUCCCUCUUCACCCGCGAUCGCUCAGUCGCAGUUGCUCUGGGUCGCCCAGUUCACAUCAACCUUGACGAUGCAGAUGUUGAGAUGUUGACUGAGGACGACUUUAUUGAGGACGAGGUCGAUCGAGUAAGCGAGUAUCCUCCUGAUCCUAUCCACGUGCAAUUUUUUCUCGAAUAUGUCAAACUGUGCGAAAUCAUGGGCCUGGUCCUAUCACAGCAGUACUCGGUGGCAUCAAAAGGAAGACAACGAAAUGCCAUCGACCUCACACACAGCGACAUGGCUUUAGCUGACUGGCUACAAAAUUGCCCAAAAAUCGUCUAUUGGGAGAUGCCUCGUCAUCAUUUCUGGUCCGCGUUAUUACACUCGAACUACUAUACAACGCUGUGUCUUCUUCAUCGAGCCCAUAUGCCGCCGGGUGGCUCAUCACGAUUGCCUGACCCUUCACCUUACCCCUCACGCAAUAUCGCUUUUCAAGCGGCAGCUAUGAUCACAUCGAUCGUGGAAAACCUCGCCGCACAUGACCAGUUGAGAUACUGUCCAGCCUUUGUUGUGUAUAGUCUGUUUUCUGCUCUCAUCAUGCAUGUCUAUCAGAUGAAGUCUCCAGUGCCAUCGAUCCAGCAGGUGACACAGGAUAGACUGCGCAGCUGCAUGUCGGCCAUGAAGGAGAUUUCACGAGUAUGGCUUGUUGGAAAGAUGGUGUAUGCUCUCUUUGAGUCCAUCAUGGGCAAUAAGGUACUGGAAGAGCGGCUACAAAGAGCUGAGGGUAAGCGACACCGGAAUUUGCGCCAAAGUCUCUCGCACCUUGAGCAGCAACAGAAUCGACAGGCGGAGGCGCCGAAGAGGAAGUACGACGACAUGGCCAUCGACUUCGGCACCACUACUCCUCAGCCUCAAGAAUCGUAUGAGAGGUCGCGCCCUCAGACUCCGAGCGCUGUCAAGGUCGAAUCGGGAAGCACGAUGCAGCCGCCACCAGUCACGUCACCUAACGCGCGACAGAGUGCAGCAGAUACGUUCAUGGGCGGAACGAACUCGCGCCCGCAAACUCGGCCAGCGACACCUUUCAACCCAUCAUUCUCUGUACCACCAACACCUCCUGACCUCUAUCUCGUUACGAGGAAUUCUCCAAACUUAUCACAGUCCCUUUGGGAAAACUUCCAGCCUGACCAGUUAUUCCCGGAUAGUGCUGCCAUGCCAGCUUUCCCUAACCUGUCACCAACACAAACACACUCCAAUCUCGAUCACAAUGCAAUGGGCUCCGUCCCUCCGAACAACGGACAAGGCGGGAUGCAUAACCCACAAGCAGGGCAUUAUCAACAACGAGGGAAUGGGAUGAUGCCCCAAGGUUUUCAGGGACAUUCUAAUAUGUGGCAGCCAAACAUGGAUCCAAACUUGCCAGAAGGACAGAGCCCAGACAGCUGGAGCACUGCCUCGGGGCCAGGGCAAGCGGUGCCAACAACACUAAAUGUCGAAGACUGGUUCCAAUUCUUUGGCAUCAACGGGACCGACGCUAAUCAUAUUAACCUUGACAUGCCCCUCGGCUGAAAAAUGAAUAAUGGGGACAGAUCGACUUCAGGUGGCCAUCGCCGAUAUUGCUGUUGCUCUGCAUGAAAACGAGCAGUAAACAAACUCGCAUCUUAGAGAAAACCUGGGCUGAUGACCACAUGAUGGUCAUUCCUUGCACUUGGCGGUUUGUCUAGGUGGUUGGCAACAGGGCAUGUCUUAAACACGGUCUCUGAUAACCCUCAAGUUUGCGAUAUGGAGCCAGGGAAUGGGUUUUGUCAUGGCGCGCCGCUGAGACACAACAUGACAAAUAAUUGGACCCUGUUUAUCGAAGACAAUAGGAGAUGCCAGGCACUCAUAACUACAUGGUGCACAGAAAAUCAUCAGUAGAAAUGGAGGCCAUAUAAACCAGGCAUGUUUGCGGAGACAUAGGACAAUCUCAUACCAGGCAAGAUUCUAUCGAAGGGGCAUUACGACAUGUUAACUGGAUGUGGCGAAGAUAAAAGCGGCAGUGAUGGAGGAUUAUUAUUGUCAAAGGUGCUAUAUUCUUAUCUUCGUAUUCAAAAGAACUAUUUAGACCCAUCUAGUUCACUUUGCGCAAAUCGUAUGUACCCCUCAGGGAGCAAGAAUACCUCAGAUCUUAAUAUAAGGUAUCAAAAUAAACUCAGCA